AUGUCCUCCACUGAUAAUGACCCAUUUCGUGCCAUGAAUAAUCACGAUCCAGGUCCCCCACCCUUGCUCAAUCCUGACAACAGGAAUCAUUUGAAUGGUGAGCAGCAACCCAGGCGCGGGCUUGAUCCGGAGGUCAUCGCGUCGUUACCGGUGUUUGUUUUCAAUCAAAGGGAUGUCGAAAUGAUUGAUGCGUCGUCGACUGCGACGGAGUGCACGGUGUGUCUAAGCACGUUGGAGAGUGAAGACAUGGCUAGGUUGCUUCCAAACUGUAAGCACAUUUUCCAUGCGGAAUGCAUAGAUAAGUGGUUGAGUUCACACUCUACAUGUCCUAUUUGUCGAUGCGAGGCUAUGCCGGAAGUUCAUCCCGAGUCUUGUGAGGCUCCGGCAAGUCCGGCCGGCCUAGAGACUGCAGCACCCACGGCUCCAUCUUUAGGGUUUGCGAAUUCUGGAUUGUCAUCAUGCGUGGUAGCUGGGACAUCAGAUGGUGCUGGCCAAUCCUCUGAUCAAAAGAUCGUGGGUGGUUCGACCUCAUCACGAUUUAAUUCGUUCAAAAGGAUCUUAAGUAGGGAUAGAUCAUCUGCAAGAAUUCAUUCAGGUGGUAUUGAUCAAGACGAUGAUAGUACUGUAGAAGAUUUAGAGAGGCAGUGA